AUGGAUGCCAUUGUGGGAGAUUCCUCUCAAAAUGUGAAUACUCAGAUAGAUUGGACACCUCAAAUUGGUAUGGAAUUUGAUUCUGUAGAGAAUGCAUGGAACCAUUGGAAAAAUUAUGGAAAGCAAAUGGGUUUUGGUGUGAGGAAACAUUUUCAAAACAAAAGUAAGUUAAAUGGAAAAAUAACAACAAAGGGAUUUGUUUGUUGUAAAGAAGGUUUUCGAAGAGUAGACAAGCGAGAUCAUCAUUACAUUAGUCAUCGAGAUGAAAUAAGAACUGGUUGUCCUGUACGGUUUUUUAUUUCAUUAGUACGAGAGACUGAAAAGUACAAGGUUUAUGAGUUUGUAGCUGAUCAUAAUCAUAUUAUGCAUCUUGAAGAAACUGCUUAUAUGAUGAGGUCGCAUCGUAAAAUGUCAGAUAUUCAAGCAUCUGAAAUUGAUUUAGCAUGUGCUUCUGGAAUAUCUCCUAAGGCAACUCAUGCACUAAUGAGUAGAGAGGCUGGUGGUAGGGCAACUCUUGGAUAUACUGAGCUUGACCAAAAAAACUAUCUUCGAACAAGACGGCAAAAGAAUUUGAUAUAUGGUGAAGCGGGUAGUUUAUUGAAGUACUUUCAAGAACAAAUUAAUAAAAAUCCAUCAUUCCAUUAUGCAGUCCAAUUAGAUGCUGAUGAAAAAAUUACUAACAUUUUUUGGGCUGAUGCAAGAAUGAUCGUUGACUAUGUUUAUUUUGGUGAUGUAAUGACUUUUGAUACUACAUUCGGCACUAAUAAAGAAUUGAGACCCCUAGCUGUUUUUACUAGUUUUAACCACCAUAGAGGGGUUGUGAUUUUUGGGGCUGCACUUUUAUAUGAUGAAACAGUGGAGUCAUUUAAAUGGCUUUUUGAAAGUUUCUUAGAUGCAUAUGCGAGUAAAAAACCUCAAUCGAUCUUUACAGAUCAAGAUGCUGCAAUGGCAAAGGCAUUAGUUGAAGUGAUGCCAGAAACCUGGCAUGGAUUAUGUACUUGGCACAUAAUGCAAAAUGGCAUCAAGCAUUUAGGGAAUUUCAUGAAAGAUGGUUCUCAUUUUCUACGAGACUUUAAAGCUUGUAUGUUUGAGUAUGAAGAUGUGGCUGAAUUUCAAAAUGCUUGGGAUGAAAUAAUUCAAAAGUAUAAUGUCGAAUCAGUUAGUUGGUUGGUUGGUAUAUACAAAUUGAAGACAAAAUGGGCCAGGUGCCACAUGAAGAAUGCAUUUACUUUGGGAGUACGAAGUACUCAACUCAGUGAGAGCUUGAAUGGUGACUUGAAAGCUUACUUAAAGUCAGACUUGGGAAUAGUGGAAUUCUUUCAACAUUUUGAGCGGGUGGUAGAGCAAAAACGACAUAAAGAAUUGAAGGCUGAAUUUAAUGCUUGA